CUCUGACCAAAUCAGAUCAGGUGGUCUACACCGUGCUGGUCGUUUGCCGCAUGGUCCCUGCUGGCUGUCGUUCAGUUGAAAACGAGUGGGCUGGUAGACUGGCAUGGGGCUGCACGACACGCCCAAGAACAUUGUGAUCGUGUCGGUGGGGACCCGCGGCGACGUCCAGCCAUACUGUGUCGUCGGGGCUGCGCUCGCCGCGUUGGGCCAUAACGUGACGGUUGCAUGCGAGAAGCGCCUCGAGGCUCUCGUCACGACCGAGUUCAAGUUGCCGUAUCGCCCGAUCGUAGGGGACAUGAUGGGGUGUUUCUUCGACGAGGGGUACCAAGCCAAGCUUCGCACUGCCAAAGUGCUCGGGUUCUACCACUUGAUGCACCAGUGGAACGAAAGGUUUGACAAGCGAGACAUUUACGCGUCGUACGUGGCGGCGUUGCACGGCGCCGACAUCGUGAUCGGCGGGCCGAUCAGCACGGCCGAGUCGUAUUCGGUUGCGGAAGCCAUCGGCGCGACGUGGAUCCCGCUUUUCCUGGGCCACAUCCACCUCCCAACGUCCGAGUUUCCCCAGUGGAUGCUGCAAGACUUUACGGGAAGCUGGUUCGGCUCGAUCAACAAGUGGACACAUUCCGUCGUGUGGAACCAAGUGUGGCAACAGCAGCGCGUGACCAUCAACGAAUGGCGACAGCACACGCUGCACCUGCCGCCCAUCACGAGCUCGUUCGGGCUACGGGACACUGUGUUGACAAACGACAGCAUCGUCAUGUACCAAGCGUGCUCGGUGCUGUUUGCAGGCCCGAAGCGGCGUGUGCCACUCGAUUUUGCAGCAGGAAAAGUUGUGUACACGGGCUUUUUGUACCCGUCAACGCCGCAACCCGAACCGGAGCCGUUAAGAGUGUUCUUGCGCCAGAGCGACACGCCCGUCAUCUACAUUGGAUUUGGCAGCAUGCCAGCGCUGCAGCCGUUGGCCUUGCUGCACUUUGCCAUCGACGUGUGCAAACUGACAAGCACCCGAUGCGUGCUGGCUGCGGGGUGGUCAUUGCUGGACGAGUGCAAAGUGCUGGCGGAAGCGCAUGCGGACGUCGUGUACGUGGAAAGCGGUUCGAUUUCGCACACGUGGUUGUUUCCGCAAAUGCGUUGCCUCCUGCACCACGCAGGGCUCGGGACGUGUGCCGCAGGGUUGCGAAGCGGGGUCCCUCAAAUUCCGUGCCCCAAAUUUAUGGACCAGUUCCACCACGCACAGGUGCUCGUGGACUUGGGGGUUGCUCCGUGCUCGAUUUCCAAGACCAAGUUAACCGCCAAGUACGUCGCGACCGUUGUCCAACGGGUACUUCGGGACGACAACAGCAUUCAAAUGACGGCGCGGGCCAUGGGCGAGUUUGUGGCCAAAGAGAGCCACGAUGCGCUGCCACGGCUGUGCGAACGCAUCGUCGAAACAAAACCGACGUUUUUAAAAUCCACACCCUAAACGACGUUCGAGAACAUGUCUAGCUGCCGGUAGCCCCGUCCGCAUUGUCGC